CGCCGCGAGUCCGCGCCUCCUCUCCCUACCUGAGCCGGGAGCGCGGCGCGCCUUCUCCCCGCCCUCCCGCCACUCCUGGCCGCCGCCGCACCAGCUCUGCCGCCGCCCUGGGAGUAAAGGUCGCCCCGGCCGGAGCGAGCGGGCGUCGGCGCCAGCAGGUCGGUCCACCCGAGAAAGGAGGGCGGAGGAACUGGGACCCGGCCGGGAAGAUUGCACCAGCGGUGCCCCGAGAACGCGCCGGGGAGCGAGGAGCCCGGCCUCAGAGCGCAGCCCCGACCCAGCGUCCCGCGAGGCGCCCGGGGCUCCGGCUCGGCCCGCGGGGACAUGUCGUACAGCGAGCUCUACACCCGGUACACGAGGGUCUGGAUCCCUGACCCAGAUGAAGUGUGGCGCUCGGCUGAACUAACCCAGGACUACAAAGAGGGGGACAAGAGCCUGCAGCUGAGACUGGAAGAUGACACAAUUCGGGAAUACCCAAUCGAUGUCCAAAAUAACCAGUUGCCGUUCUUACGGAAUCCAGACAUCUUAGUAGGAGAAAAUGACCUCACUGCACUCAGCCAUCUCCAUGAGCCUGCAGUUCUGCAUAACUUAAAGGUCCGUUUCCUGGAGUCCAACCACAUCUAUACUUACUGUGGUAUUGUGCUGGUCGCCAUCAAUCCAUACGAGCAGCUGCCCAUCUAUGGACAAGAUGUCAUUUAUGCCUACAGUGGCCAAAAUAUGGGUGACAUGGACCCCCACAUCUUUGCUGUGGCAGAAGAAGCCUAUAAGCAGAUGGCCAGGGAUGAAAAGAACCAAUCCAUCAUAGUCAGCGGAGAGUCUGGAGCAGGGAAGACGGUGUCGGCCAAGUAUGCCAUGCGCUAUUUUGCCACGGUUGGUGGCUCAGCCAGUGACACCAACAUUGAGGAGAAGGUCCUGGCAUCCAGUCCCAUCAUGGAGGCCAUUGGGAAUGCCAAGACCACUCGCAAUGACAAUAGCAGCCGCUUUGGGAAGUUCAUUGAGAUUGGCUUUGAUAAAAAGUACCACAUCAUCGGGGCCAACAUGAGGACCUACUUGCUGGAGAAGUCCAGGGUGGUCUUUCAGGCGGAUGAUGAGAGGAAUUACCACAUCUUUUACCAGCUCUGCGCGGCUGCCAGCCUUCCUGAAUUUAAAGAGCUCGCUCUAACAUGUGCAGAGGACUUCUUCUACACGUCCCAUGGAGGAAACACAGCCAUCGAGGGUGUCGAUGAUGCAGAGGACUUUGAGAAGACCCGACAAGCCCUCACACUCCUUGGAGUGCGGGAGUCCCAUCAAAUAAGCAUCUUUAAGAUAAUUGCUUCCAUCUUGCACCUUGGGAGUGUGGAGAUUCAGUCCGAGCGUGAUGGAGAUUCCUGCAGCAUACCACCCCAGGACGAACACUUGAGCAACUUCUGCCGCCUGCUGGGAGUGGAGCACAGUCAGAUGGAGCACUGGCUGUGCCAUCGCAAGCUGGUCACCACCUCGGAGACCUACGUCAAGACCAUGUCCCUGCAGCAGGUGGUCAAUGCCCGCGAUGCCCUGGCCAAGCACAUCUACGCCCAGCUGUUCUCCUGGAUUGUGGAGCACAUCAACAAGGCCCUGCACUCCUCCCUGAAGCAGCACACCUUCAUCGGGGUCCUGGACAUCUACGGGUUUGAGACCUUCGAGAUUAACAGCUUCGAGCAGUUUUGUAUCAACUACGCCAAUGAAAAGCUCCAGCAACAGUUCAAUUCGCAUGUGUUCAAGCUGGAGCAAGAAGAAUACAUGAAGGAGCAGAUCCCGUGGACCUUGAUUGACUUUUAUGAUAACCAGCCUUGCAUAGACCUCAUAGAAGCAAAGCUGGGCAUCCUGGACCUGUUGGAUGAAGAGUGUAAGGUCCCCAAAGGAACUGAUCAGAACUGGGCCCAGAAGCUCUACGAACGACACUCCAACAGCCAGCACUUCCAGAAACCACGCAUGUCCAACACAGCCUUCAUUGUCGUCCACUUUGCAGACAAGGUGGAGUACCUUUCAGAUGGUUUUCUGGAGAAAAAUAGGGAUACGGUAUAUGAAGAACAGAUCAACAUCCUGAAGGCCAGCAAGUUCUCACUAGUGGCUGACUUAUUCCAUGACGACAAGGACUCUGUUCCUGCCACCAACACAGCGAAGAGUCGAUCGUCUUCGAAGAUCAACAUUCGCUCUUCCAGACCGCCCUUGAAGGUCUCCAACAAGGAGCACAAGAAAUCCGUGGGCUACCAGUUCCGCACUUCCCUGAACCUGCUCAUGGAGACCCUGAAUGCCACAACGCCACACUACGUCCGAUGCAUCAAGCCCAAUGAUGAAAAGCUCCCCUUCCACUUCGACCCAAAGAGAGCCGUGCAGCAGCUCAGAGCCUGUGGAGUAUUGGAGACCAUUCGGAUCAGCGCAGCCGGCUACCCAUCCAGGUGGACCUACCAUGACUUCUUCAACCGGUAUCGAGUGUUGAUGAAGAAGAGAGAGCUUGCCAACACCGACAAGAAGAGUAUCUGCAAGUCCGUCCUGGAGAGUCUCAUCAAGGACCCAGACAAGUUCCAGUUUGGCCGCACCAAGAUCUUCUUCCGGGCAGGCCAGGUGGCCUACCUGGAGAAGCUUCGUGCCGACAAGUUCCGGGAAGCCACUAUCAUGAUCCAGAAGACUGUCAGGGGCUGGCUGCAGAAAGUCAAGUACCGUAGGCUGAAGGCAGCCACCUUAACCCUGCAGAGGUUCUACAGAGGACACCUGGCCCGCAGGCUGGCCGAGCACCUGCGGAGAACCCGUGCAGCCAUAGUGUUCCAGAAGCAGUACCGGAUGCAGAGGGCCCGCCUGGCCUACCGGAGAGUCUGCUGGGCUGCGGUCAUCAUCCAGUCCUUCACCCGGGCCAUGUUUGUGCGGAGAAACUACCGCCAGGUCCUCAAGGAGCACAAAGCCACCAUCAUCCAGAAGUAUGCCCGGGGCUGGAUGGCACGCAGACACUUCCAGCAGCAGCGGGACGCCGCCAUUGUCAUCCAGUGUGCCUUCCGGAGGCUCAAGGCCAAGCAGGAGCUGAAGGCUCUCAAGAUUGAGGCCCGCUCUGCAGAGCAUUUGAAACGCCUCAAUGUGGGCAUGGAGAACAAAGUGGUCCAGCUGCAGCGGAAGAUCGAUGACCAGAACAAAGAGUUCAAGACUCUGACAGAGCAGUUGUCGGCAGUCACCUCCACACAUGCCAUGGAGGUGGAGAAGCUGAAGAAGGAGCUGGCACAUUACCAGCAGAACCAGGAGGCCGAUGCCAGCCUGCAGCUGCAGGAGGAGGUGCAGAGCCUGCGCACUGAGCUACAGAAGGCUCAGUCGGAGCGCAGGGUUCUAGAGGAUGCCCACAGCAGGGAGAAUGGCGAGCUGAGAAAGCGAGUUGCAGACCUGGAACAUGAAAAUGCUCUCUUGAAGGACGAGAAGGAGCACCUUAAUAACCAAAUCCUGCGCCAAUCAAAAGCUGAAUCUUCCCAGAGCUCUGUAGAGGAGAACCUCCUGAUGAAGAAGGAGCUGGAGGAGGAGAGGUCCAGGUACCAGAACCUCGUGAAGGAAUACUCCCGGCUGGAGCAGAGAUAUGAGAACCUGCGAGAUGAGGUGACCAUCGUAAAGCAAACCCCAGGCCACAGGAAGAACCCGUCAAAUCAAAGUAGCUUGGAAUCUGAUUCCAAUUACCCCUCUAUUUCCACUUCUGAGAUUGGAGACACUGAGGAUGCCCUUCAGCAGGUGGAGGAGAUCGGUGCAGAGAAGGCGGCGAUGGACAUGACCGUCUUCCUGAAGCUGCAGAAGAGAGUGCGGGAACUUGAGCAGGAGAGGAAGAAGCUGCAGGUGCAGCUAGAAAAGGAGCAGCAGGACAGCAAGAAAGUUCAGAUGGAGCAACAAAACAAUGGCAUCGAUGUGGACCAGGAUGCCGACCUGGCCUACAACAGUCUGAAGAGACAAGAGCUUGAGUCAGAGAACAAGAAGCUGAAGAACGACCUGAAUGAGCUGAGGAAAGCUGUCGCCGACCAAGCCAUGCAGGACAACUCCACCCCCAGCUCCCCAGACAGCUACAGCCUUCUGCUGAACCAGCUCAAGCUGGCCAAUGAGGAGCUUGAGGUCCGUAAAGAGGAGGUGCUGAUCCUCAGGACCCAGAUCAUGAAUGCUGACCAGCGCCGACUGGCUGGCAAGCACAUGGAACCGAACAUCAACGCCAGAACAAGUUGGCCCAACAGUGAGAAACAUGUGGACCAGGAAGAUGCCAUUGAGGCCUAUCACGGGGUCUGCCAGACAAACAGCCAGACUGAGGACUGGGGAUAUUUGAAUGAAGAUGGAGAACUCGGCUUGGCUUACCAAGGCCUAAAGCAAGUUGCCAGGUUACUGGAGGCACAGCUGCAGGCCCAGAGCCUGGAGCAUGAGGAGGAGGUGGAGCGUCUCAAGGCGCAGGUGGAGGCCCUGAAAGAGGAGAUGGACAAGCAGCAGCAGACCUUCUGCCAGACCCUGCUGCUCUCCCCAGAGGCCCAGGUGGAGUUUGGGGUCCAGCAGGAGAUAACUCGACUGACCAAUGAGAACCUGGAUUUUAAAGAGUUGGUAGAAAAGCUGGAGAAGAAUGAGAGGAAGCUGAAAAAGCAGCUGAAGAUUUACAUGAAGAAGGUCCAGGACUUAGAAGCUGCCCAGGCAUUGGCCCAGAGUGACAGGAGGCACCAUGAACUCACAAGACAGGUCACAGUCCAGCGCAAAGAGAAAGACUUCCAAGGCAUGCUGGAGUACCACAAAGAGGACGAGGCCCUCCUCAUCCGGAACCUGGUGACAGACCUGAAGCCCCAGAUGCUGUCCGGUACCGUGCCCUGCCUGCCUGCAUACAUCCUCUACAUGUGCAUCAGGCAUGCAGAUUACACCAACGACGACCUCAAGGUACACUCGCUGCUGAGUUCCACCAUCAACGGCAUUAAGAAAGUCCUCAAGAAGCACAAUGACGACUUUGAGAUGACGUCAUUCUGGUUGUCCAACACCUGCCGCUUCCUCCACUGUCUGAAGCAGUACAGUGGGGAUGAGGGCUUCAUGACGCAGAACACUCCAAAGCAGAAUGAGCACUGUCUCAAGAACUUUGACCUCACUGAAUAUCGGCAGGUGCUAAGCGACCUUUCCAUUCAGAUCUAUCAGCAGCUCAUUAAAAUCGCAGAGGGCCUGUUACAACCUAUGAUCGUUUCGGCCAUGUUGGAAAAUGAGAGUAUCCAGGGGCUGUCUGGCGUGCGGCCAACGGGUUACCGGAAGCGCACCUCCAGCAUGGUGGAUGGAGAGAAUUCCUACUGCCUGGAGGCUAUCAUCCGCCAGAUGAAUUCGUUUCAUACAGUCAUGUGUGACCAGGGCCUGGACCCUGAGAUCAUCCUUCAGGUGUUCAAACAGCUCUUCUACAUGAUCAACGCCGUGACCCUUAACAACCUGCUCCUGCGGAAAGAUGCCUGCUCCUGGAGCACAGGCAUGCAGCUCAGGUACAACAUAAGCCAACUUGAAGAGUGGCUUCGAGGAAAAAACCUUCACCAGAGUGGAGCAGUUCAGACCAUGGAACCUUUGAUCCAGGCAGCCCAGCUCCUCCAAUUGAAGAAGAAAACCCAUGAGGAUGCAGAGGCCAUCUGCUCUCUGUGCACCUCCCUCAGCACCCAGCAGAUCGUCAAGAUUUUAAACCUUUACACCCCCUUGAAUGAAUUUGAGGAACGAGUGACAGUGUCCUUUAUACGAACAAUCCAGGCUCAGCUACAAGAGAGGAAUGACCCCCAGCAGCUACUGCUGGACUCCAAACACAUGUUUCCUGUUCUGUUUCCUUUUAAUCCGUCUUCUCUGACCAUGGACUCAAUCCACAUCCCGGCAUGCCUCAAUCUGGAGUUUCUCAAUGAAGUCUGAGGACGCGUGAUUCCAAGGCAAACCAGGAAGCACGUACAGUCAGCUGAGGGAAUUCUGGGUUUGUUAACUAUGCCCGAAGUAGAUCAAACCAGAGUUAGAGAACCCGUGGAGACUACUGAACGAAACAAAGUGACGCACAUCGUCAUUAGUUUUUGUAUAUACUGUUCAGAAUAAAAAUACUUGAAAUGUGGAAGAUUGUUAAAGGUUUGACUUCGGUUUAAACAAAGACACAUCAUAAUGAAUAGCCAGUGCGUAGCUCCAGUUACCGUAUAAUGCCAGUUCUACAGGGUGGAAGUGCCUACUUUGGUCUUUGUAUAUAACUGCAGAAUGUCCAAAUUAAGAUAAUAUUAAAAAUAGUGACAUAAAUUGCCUUUGUGGGUCUUUCAACAAAUGACACUCAUACCAUAACAAUGACAUAUAUUGAUAAACCAAAGGGCUGGAUGAGCUUGUAGGGAGAUGUUUUAAGAACAAAAGUAUGGGCCUUGGGCCUUCACAGGAGCUUCCCCAAAGCAUUCACUAACGCUGGUGAAUAAGAGACAGUGAUACAAUUGAUCUCCAGACUACACGUGUUGUAUAUUGUUUCUAAGAAAACUGGAUGACCCAGACCCUGAUAUGUGUGAGUUCUUGCAACAGUCUCAGGUUUAUGGGAGAAUUAAGCCAAACAUACUGCCGUCACAAGUACCAAGUGUGAGAAAGGUGGAAAAAUAGUCUCCUGUGCUAGUCCAUACCUUGGGACCAGCAAAGCUUCCACAAUAUAACUAUGAAAAAUAGUAGAUGAGAAUGGAUAACUUUUAUUUAAAGGUAUACAAACCAGAGCUUUUAACUUCCCUAAUGUUGCUAAACCUUUGGAAAGGUCCUCACAGUGUGCUGGGAAUUCCAGACCCCAAGACCAUAAGGGAAACAGACUUCAGUUCCAGAACCCAAUUGUCUGAAGAUCCUUUGAAGGAGAACGCAUGAUCACUAACUUAUUAUCCAAUGACUUAUGGGUUGGUUGGUUUGUUUUAACUGCUCUGAAAGCCUAUAAUAGCUUAGGGCCAACUUUCCCUUCUCAAGUUAUUUUCAACAUUUUCUCCAAACUUUAAAAUCAAUGUAAAUACUCUACUAUGAAACAAAGAUUUCAAAGAAUAUUUAGUAAUAAUGGAACAGACUUACGUAUUUGCUGCUCUUAGAAUUUUGUUUUGCAUUGGGGGACUUUUUUGGACUCAGGAACAAAGGUUUGGUUGGACAACUAACAUAUUCAUUCUUCCCAUUUUUAUAAUCAAUAUUUAUUAAAAAAGUAUGCACUGUCCUUAUGACAGUUACAGGUUGUUUGCAAAUCAUACAGGAGCCUCGUUGUCACAGUGAGAUCCCCUAUACUUUAGAUACUCCCUGGGUAUCACCCAGCUUAGGCUCUUAGGAAUACGGCACACUCCAAACUCUAAAGCCCUGUGUGUGCUCUUACAGGUCUGUGGCCCCAGACCUCCUUGUCUGCUGGGGCCAGAACAAGAAAAUGGCGCCUGGCUUGAGACUCAAUUUGACAACAAAUGCUCUGUCAUCUGCAUCAUCCUUCUGUGUCCACAGUAAACACCCCAGCGGCUCUUGGGUGUCUGUCUCCAAGAGCAGUCCCUCCCCCACCCCGUUACAGCCCCUGACAUCAGGCUCUUAGGUGUCUGUCACCAAGAACAGCUCACCCCCCAGUCACAGCCCCUGACAUCUGUAUCAGACCUUUCAAUCCCGAAAUGCAAACUGUUUCGAAAGCCAGUUUUUUAAAACAACUGGAUCCGUGGCUACCUCUUUAAAGGUCUUUAGGAAUGUAAUUUGCUUUUUUAGUACACUGUAGUGUUCAAAAUUGACUGUCCUUUAACCCCCAAGAACACCAAAAAUGCCUUGUUAAGCAUUCAUAGUUUAAACCGUCAUCUCUGCCCCGCCCCCCACGGGUUAUGACUCUCCUGUCCCUGGUUGGUCAGGGAGGUACAAAGGUUCACUAAAUAAAAGCUUAGUAAUUAGACCAACAGAUGGAGGGGAGAACUAACGCUCUCUACAGCCUAAGAACCAACAGCUGCUGUUCUCUCAGAAGACAAGGGUUUCCACCAGAGUUGUACUUAACAAUACAGUGGUUGGUGAGCGUUUACACCUUCCCUAUAUCAUUGCAAACCCGGAGGAUGAAAAGGUACCUUGUGAGAAACUCUUUAAAAAAAAACAAAACAAAACAAAACAAAACAAAAAAACGUUUUUGUUCUGUGUACUUUUCCCCUAGUACUGGGAAUUGAACCCAGAGCACUCCAUCCCUGAGCCUCCCUCAGCAAUGGGUUCCCUUCCCAUUUUAAAGCUAAUUUUAAACACUUCCCAACUUGAUGAAAUCAAUAAUCUCUUUUAAUUUAAAUAAAUGCAGCACACGUUUGAGCUCUUCUCCAGGUAUUUUUGCUCCUGAGUAAUUCCAGUUCCAUCAUGUGCCUUUAGCAGUUGCUGAAAUAAUCGACUCACCACUUAUUCCUUGAAGGAGUUGCCAUGGGAAGAACAUAAUGUUCAGUGUUGGUAGCAUCCUGUGGACUUCUGAUUCAUCUCAUGAAGCAAGCACCUUAAAAACUAACCAAAUUCAUACGCCUACCAUGUGUGUGUUAAGCAUUACCACACGGGCACUAUCCACGUCCCUAUAGUAAUGGGUAUAUUCCUACCUAAAUUAGUUGUCACUGAGGCACACAAGGAUGAUAUCUACGCACAUCCUCCCAGGCCAUCGCAGCUGCAGUUAGAGGGGCAGCACCUGAAGGCUCACCUGGCCAAUCAUCCCCAUGAUACACUUUUCCCCCUUUCCAGAAAACAUGUCAUAGGAGUUGCUUCCCCUGAUUUUCCUUAGGAUAAAAUGUUAAGGCUCUUGUGAAAACUAAGAGUUUUGAGAAUGUAGGUCCCUAAAAUCUACCACUAAUUUAACUAUUAGAGCCCUAAUAAAUGAAUUGAGGAUUAUGGCAACAAACUGGAAUCCAAUUCUUUUGCACAAACUAAAUACUUCCCAAACAUUUGAUCACUAUGAGUAAGUGGUUGCCAAAUAUGCUAGCCCGGGGUCUUUCAUUUCUUCUUAUAACAUUUGCAGUUGAUUUAUAAAGUUAAUUUGGUAUAUGAGUCAAAUAACCAAAUUUUCCUCUUUUAUACAUAAUCAGAGAAUUAUGGAGUAUAGGAAAUUAGAGGAUAAUGCCAAUGACAGACAAGGUUGCUUUUUUCUAAUGAGCAUCAUUGGAUACUAAAAGUUGCCUUUUCUAAAGUAAGGUUUGGGACAGCCAGAUGGCUCAGUGGGUAAGAGUGUUCGCCAUGCAAGCCUGGUGACCUGUGUUCCUUCAGUCCCCAGAGCCCACACUGAAAGGUCUUUUGACUCACAUGAGCCAUGACACGUGCCUGCACUCACACACACUAUAACAAAAUACAGUCCGACAAAGGGAAUCAACCAGAUGGAAUUAGGCUACUGUCUGAAAUCAUACUGUUAAGAAGCAGCCAGAUUUGGAUAUAACAUUUGCAAUCAACUGGCAUUUAGAUAAAGGCCUGCCUCUCUAAGAGUUCACAAAAUAUUCAGGGGUAAAUCUAAUGUUGCGGAAGAAAUAACUACUGAAAAAUAUUUUUUCACUUUGGACAAGUCUGUAAACUACAGCUUUGUUAUAGAAAAGUGCUUAUGUAAUUAUACAGCUGUGGAUAAAAAUUUGUGGAAAUAAAUACUUUUGAAUAAAGUGAUGUGCCAAAUCUGAA